GAGCGAUAAAAGAUAGGGCAGCCUAGACAACACAAAGAGGUUUGGGAGAAUGAACGAGAGCCACGAAGAUACAGCUCCCUGUAACAUCAUAGUAGAAGCCCGAAAUUAGCGUAUUUUAUCAUCAGAAAGCCAUCACAAAACGUUAUGCCGAAGGGAUUUUGCGUAGGGACUGGACCAGAAAUACCUCGCAAGUCAACCUUAGCAAUAAAAAAGCAUUUCGACCAUUUUAAAAAGUGAUUAAUUUGUGCAGUCGACCAAGCUGAGAAACCGAUUGGGAGCAAUCGACAAACUAUGCACCGAAGAUGAUCUCCGCUAAGCAAAGUCCGGACAACAGUCGCUACCCUCUGCACUACCUGGUGUGGCACAACAAACACCGGCAGCUGGAGAAAGAGCUAUCAGCCUACGAGCAGGUGGAGGUGGAGACGCUGGACCCUCGGGGACGCACCCCCCUGCACCUGGCCGUCACGCUCGGACACCUGGACUGCGCUCGGGUGCUCCUGCAGCACGGGGCCGACGUCAGCAAGGAGAACAGAAACGGCUGGACAGUGCUCCAAGAAGCCAUCAGCACGCGAGACCCCGAGCUGGUGCGCCUGGUCCUGAGCUACCGUGACUACCAGCGCACGGCCAAGAGGCUGGCAGGGAUCCCCCUCUUACUGGAGCGGCUCCGUCAGGCUCAGGAUUUUUAUGUCGAAAUGAAAUGGGAGUUUACAAGCUGGGUUCCUCUGGUGUCUCGUAUAUGCCCGAGUGAUACAUACCGCGUGUGGAAGAGUGGUCAGUGUCUACGCGUGGACACCACCCUCAUGGGCUUCGAUCAGAUGACCUGGCAGAGGGGAAACCGCAGCUUCAUCUUCCGUGGUCAAGACUCCAGUGCCGUGGUGAUGGAGGUGGACCACGACCGACAGCUGGUGUUCUGCGAGACGCUGUGCAUGUCGUCGCUGGCGUCGUCGCCCACCUCGCGGCGGGGUCCCGCCGGGGCGGCCCUGGGCCUGCUGGGGCUCGGAGCGCUGCAGCCCACCGAGGAGCAGGUGGCCGCGCGGCUCUCCGCGCCCGUGGUCACCACCCAGCUGGACACGCGCAACAUCGCCUUCGAGAGGAACAAGACGGGCAUCCUGGGCUGGCGCAGUGAGAAGACAGAGGUGGUGAAUGGGUACGAGUCAAAGGUCUAUGCAGCUUCUAAUGUGGAGCUGAUCACCCGGACCCGAACGGAUCACCUCAGUGAACCGCUAAAAGCCAAACCCAAAGGCGGUAAGACGCCUCUGCAGUCCUUCCUGGGCAUCGCCGAGCAGCACAUGGGCCCCAACAACGGGCAGCAGACCCAGAUGUCCUGCUCGGUGACCAACCCCACGGCGCUGACCGCCGAGGAGUACUUCAGCCCCAGCCUGCCCCUGGGCCCGAGGGACAUCGGACACCCCUGCCACCUCACCACCAAGACACAGAGAUUUAAGGCAAAGCUGUGGCUCUGUGAGUCCCACCCUCUGUCCCUGGCAGACCAGGUGUCUCCUAUCAUUGACCUGAUGGCCAUCUCCAACGCCCUCUUCGCCAAGCUGAGGGACUUCAUCACCCUCCGCCUCCCACCCGGCUUCCCCGUAAAGAUCGAGAUCCCCAUCUACCACAUCCUGAACGCGCGCAUCACCUUCGGGAACCUGAACGGCUGCGAGGACGCGGCGAUGGCGAGCCGAGCGGAGGCCGAGCCCGAGGGCCAGAAGGACGGCCUCAGGACGGACACGCCGUCCCCGGGCAGCGACUGCUCCAGCGUGUCCAGCUCCAGUUCCACCACAUCGUGUCGUGGCGGAGAGAUCUCCCCGUGUGUGUUCGAGGCCCCUCCGGGCUACACGGUGCUGGGGGGGAACCAGAGGGAGAACAUGCGUGAGGAGGAGGAGGACCUGCUGCAGUUCGCCAUCCAGCAGAGUCUACUAGAGGCCGGCUCCGAGUACGACCAGGUGACCAUCUGGGAGGCUUUGACAAACAGCAAGCCCGGCACGCACUCGCUCUCCUGCGACCCCGGCCGCGUGGAAAGGACCCCCCAGCACAAGCCGUGUGCCCAGGCCAGUCCGCGGCGCUGCCCCCCGCCCUGCAAGCCUCCGUCGCACAGCUACGACGAGCAGCUGCGCCUGGCCAUGGAGCUGUCGGCGCGCGAGCUGCACGAGGCCGAGCUGCGCCGGCGGCAGGAAGAGGAGGAGCUCCAGCGCAUCAUCCAGCUCUCGCUCACCGAGAAGUGAGACGCCGUGGCCACCGGCGGCCUGGGCAGAUGAGGGGAGUAAAUGAGAGAGAGAGAGGGAGAGAGAGAGUGAGAGAGGGAAGGGCUUACAGGUGAGUCACCUUCUGCCCCUUCCUCACCUAUAUCGUCCCCCUCUCCUCACCCUCCACUCCUCCUCCUCCUCCUCCUCCUUCAGAGGAAGAAGCUGCUCAGAUGCUGGCUGACACACACACACACACACACACACACACACACACACACAACCUCUACAUGGUGUCCAGCAGAGUCCGGAACAACAUCGUGAAAAGCGAGAGAAAAAAGAUCACCUGGGGGAAGAAGACUAUCCUUCUGAGCGAUCUCUAGACUGGCCUGGUCUACAGUGAGUAGAUCAAGCCCAGAUCUCUCCUGGGUUUAUUGACUUAAGCAUCACUCUGGAAGCCAUUAUCUAGUGUACAGUGGUGUACUCUGUAUGGACACCACUGGGCACUUAAAGGACAUAGUCAAGGGCGAAAGAGUGGCCAAGGUACAAUAUUGACAUAAAUCUAUCACUUUUUAAAUAAAUGGGUAAUAUCCUGUUUUUGUCAUUAUUUGCACAAAUUAUGAUUGUACUGUAUUUAGCUUGUACAUGGGUGGUUGAAUUGUGAUGACUGUUAAUUUUGAGGAAAAAAAUGAAAAGAUGAUUAGCUUUGUUUCCAAAUAGGAGGGGAGAUGGCGUCGGCAUGAUAUGUUGCCAGUGUCUUUUGGCCCUAGUGUAUCUGAAACAGAUGUUCCUUACCGUCAAGAGAAAAAAGAUGGGAAGUUGAGCUUUUUGUGUAAUUAGAGCGUCUAGAUAUUUAGAGUGGCAGUCGGCUCAAAAGUCAAAACAUGUCCCAUCUCCUCGUUCUUGCCAUUUGAAUUCAUUACAAAAGCUGACCUUAUCCUGACUCAAUACAUGUUCCUACUUGUAUACUACAAACGGUGCUAUGUUGGUCUCUCUGGUCUUAACCUUCUUAAUAUUAUAUUGCUAGGGGAUGAUGAUACCUCAGAUAAACGAAUAUGAGUUCUUCCACAUUGGAUACACUUUUCUUAAUUUAACAUCCAUAGAGCUUUCCAUUGGCUCACGUUAGCCAGAAACGGAAGAGCAGUGGAUGACGGUGAAACUAAGCACAACAUUCUCAAACUGAAAGGAGCGAUACAAUGCUGUAUUUUUAGUUCACUGACUAAGAAAAGGGCUGUCUAAUAUUUAGUAUGGAUGUCAGAUUUUGCAGCAUUGUGUAUUAGAUCAGAUGUGAUAUAUGCUGAACUAGUGCUUCUUGAAGGCAAUGUAAUGAGAAAAUGUUAGGGUCAAAAUUUCCCCCAUGCACUUGCAAUGAAUGAAACUGUGGUGUACCAAUCUAUAUGAAAUGGGUUAGUAGAAUUUAUUUAUUGGCACAGUGUAUUCGAACGUGUGGUUUGAUUUGUAAAUGAUAUAUGUACUGGAUGGAGUGAGGAGGAAAUAACGGUUGGAUGCUAGUUUUACCAAGGAUGUCCAGGGGGCACUUGUUGCAGUUGGAUAACGAUCAUAGGAUGUAACCAUAACCUGUUUUGUAGAGCUCUGCUGGUCAAUAAACCAUUUUAAACAUGA